GGAAAUGUUUUAAACGGUCUUGACAAAGUUACAGAAACACACCACCUCCUUACAGUUGUAGUUCAUGCAUUUUACAUUUUUGUGCAAUUUUCAGCUUACUUGCAACUGAUUGGAAACAUUUUGGCCAUGACCACAUCAGCCAGAGCUUGCAGCUUCAAGGACGAUCGAGGAUGUACAUAUGCAUGCAUGUGUGUCUUUGUUUUAGUAUGUGACGAGUUUUACACACACCAAAGCUAGCUGGCGCUUCCUGAGUGGUAAACACGAGUGACUGACUGUCCCUGUCUGCUUUCCACCACCCUGUGCUAUUUUAUACUGACACACACACAUCGAGAGUUUCAAAGUGUUGAUGUCAGAAAACUCGAAGUAUCACGUUUAUUACCUGUUUUUAAAAAAUACAUAAAACUCUCAAUUGGGAACACAGGUAACAGUAAAUACAUGCAGGUAACAGCCAAGCUCACUUAUGAAGAAAUAUUUAUAUAAUAUUAUCCAGAAUAAUUUUUAAAACUAAAGAUGAUGAGAUUGAAGAUAACAUGGAACAACAUGACUGACAUAAACAUGUUGAAGACCCACCAAGCUCGGAAAAAACAGCUCUAAAAUUCAUUAUAAGAUUUGAAUUUUUGAGAUAUGAUAAAACAUGUGAAAUACAUCAUAGCACAUACCAAAAAAAGCCAAAUGUUAACAUUUUUUUAAAUACAAGAAAUAGAUGAAAAAGAACUAUAUUUAACAAGUACAUUCUCUUAGAUAAUCUCACAUUUUUUACAGGCCAGAAAGAAAAUAUCAAACAGUAAUUUCCCCAAAAAAAUAACGUUCCACCCGAGUUAACGAUGAAUUUGAAUUACACAUUUUAUUUGUGUUUUUGGUGUUGCCACAUCAUUUCCUGUUGUCUUGUUGGUCAGUGUGCAGAUUAAAAAAGGGAAGUAUAAGAGUUAAAUUGUCAAGGAAGUCGUUGAAAUGAGGAAGCUUCAGAGCUCCACCGCUUUACUGUGUGUCAGUACUUAAAGUAAAGGUUAACCUGCUUCAUCUGGAAAACACAACCAGGAUACCCGUGAGUGUAAGCUCCCUGGUUUUAUGAGAUAUUGACAGCACUUUUUUUUUUUUUUGUCAGGAGCUGACUGAAUUUAAGAUGACCUGUUCAUGUAUUGCUCAGACUGUUGGAAGUUGAUAUACUGAAGGGCUGAAAAACUCAACUGGGCUCUGAAGUUGAACAGUGGAACUAGUUCACAACAAUAUCUACAGUGAAUUUCAUCCUAGUGGAAGAAGUUUGUGAAGGGACUUCCUUAAAGGGAGCCACUCACCAAAAGCCAGUAUGGCUGACAAUGUAAAUUCAUUGCCAUUCUUUUAUGGCAAUAUUACCAGGGAAGAGGCAGAGGACUACCUGCGGCAGACAGGCCUAAGCAAUGGCCUGUACCUCCUACGCCAAAGCCGAAACUAUCUUGGAGGCUUUGCACUGUCCGUGUCAAAUGCAGGCCGUUGUUACCACUACACAAUUGAAAGACAGCCCAAUGACAUGUAUGCUAUUGCUGGUGGUAAGAGCUACAGAAGUCCCGUUGAUGUGAUCGACUACCAUUCCCAAGAACCAGACGGUCUUGUGUGUCUGCUGAAGAAGCCUUGUAACAGGCCCAAGAACAUGCAGCCGAAAGUUGGGCCGUUUGAGGACCUGAAGGAAAAACUCAUACGGGAGUAUGUAAAGCAGACCUGGAACCUGCAGGGUGCAGCUUUGGAGCAGGCCAUCAUCAGCCAGCGACCUCAGCUGGAGAAGCUCAUCGCUACCACUGCUCAUGAAAGAAUGCCCUGGUUUCAUGGAACAAUAACACGAGAAGACUCUGAGCCCAGGCUUCAAUGUGGCCCGCGUGCAAAUGGAAAGUUUCUGAUUCGGCAGAGAGAUGCGAAUGGAUCCUAUGCUCUGUGUUUACUGCAUGAAGGACAAGUCAUGCAUUAUCGUAUUGACAAGGACUCGGCUGGCAAGCUCUCCAUUCCAGAGGGCAAGAAAUUUGACACCUUGUGGCAGCUGGUGGAGCACUACUCAUACAAACCAGAUGGUCUUUUGCGAGUACUAACAGAGCCCUGUCCAAGGCCUGAUGGAGAUAUUGGGCUGAUAGGACGGCCUUUUCUUCCACCGGGCCAUCCUAGACUUGGUUCUGCCAUUCAAAGUGCGACAGAUGGAUUUUUCACCAUCAUCAGUAAAGUUCCCGGCAUAAAAAAGAACCGACCAUCUCGUCCCAGGCCUCCAGAUAACUCCAAUCCUUAUGAAACUAGGAUACCCGGUAAAGGUAAAGAGGCCAUGCCAAUGGACACAGAGGUAUAUGAGAGUCCUUAUGCGGAUCCAGAUGAACUGCGGAGUUCUACAGUGGAUCGCUCACAUCUUUUCUUGGAGGAUGGAGAACUGGGCUCUGGGAAUUUUGGUACCGUCAUGAAAGGCACCUACAAGAUGAGAAAGACAGAGAAGACAGUUGCAGUUAAAGUCUUGAAGAAUGAUGAUAAUAACCAGUCAGUACGUGACGAAAUGCUGCGGGAAGCCAAUGUAAUGCAGCAGCUGGACAAUCCGUAUAUUGUCCGGAUGAUUGGUAUCUGUGAAGCAGAGAACCUCAUGCUAGUUAUGGAGCUGGCUGAGCUGGGACCCCUCCACAAGUUCCUGCAGAAAAAUAAGCAAACGGCCAUAAAGAAUAUCACAGAGCUGGUCCAUCAGGUGUCUAUGGGGAUGAAGUACCUGGAGGAGCAUAACUUUGUCCACAGGGACCUUGCUGCAAGGAAUGUACUGCUGGUCACACAGCACUAUGCCAAGAUCAGUGACUUUGGCCUCUCUAAAGCUGUUGCUGAGGAUCAAAACUACUACAAGGCAAAAGGUCAUGGGAAGUGGCCAGUGAAAUGGUACGCGCCUGAAUGUAUAAACUACUUCAAGUUCUCAUCCAAAAGUGAUGUGUGGAGCUUUGGGGUGCUCAUGUGGGAGGCUUACUCCUAUGGCCAAAAACCAUACAAGGGAAUGAAAGGAAAUGAUGUCCUGCAGAUGAUUGAAAGUGGUAAGCGUAUGGACUCCCCAGAGAAGUGUCCACUGGAGAUGUAUGAGCUCAUGAAGACCUGCUGGACAUAUAAGGCAAAUGAGAGGCCUGGAUUUAAUGUUGUUGAGCCAAGACUACGAGAUUAUUACUACGACAUUGCACAGUGAUUGCUCACUUGAAUGUUAUGAGACUAUGCAAACUAGUGGCUGAUGAUGAAAAUGAGCUUUUACACAUAUUGGUUCAGAGAUUGUUAUGGAUAAUAAAUGCUGUAAAAUAUAGACUUUAACUGGAAUAUAUUCUCUUUUAAUAUAAACUCUGAUUAUGCAAAUAUAAUUCCUAUUACAUUUAUUUGUUCUUGAAUGUAAGCCAUAUGAAAAUGAUAAUAAACUGUUACAAGUCUAUCUUAUUUCACGGCAAUCACUGAUGUUAUACCUAAAAACUACAUAACUUACUGUUUUCCUAUAAGCUUCCUAAUAUCAACAUACAAUCCGACCUUGUGUAAGCAUCUUCAGCACUCUGAGUUUCUGUACUUGCAUAAACAAUUCUAAGAUGAAUAAAUUACAUUCAUAUGCCUUCAAAUUAUUUUAUAUAUAUACAUUGUCAAAGUCAGUGACCAAGUGGUUGGUUGACAUAUAAAACAUUAGAGUAACUCAAAAUCUGACGAAGGAUUUGCUGCUAUUUUGCGCUUUUGGUUACCUCAGCUAAGAGCAAUAAAGUAGAACAAUUCAAAUGGAUUGUUGAGCCACUUCCUGAACAGAAAAACAUCGGCAAAUAAAUGACUAGAGCUAGAGCUUCAUAAAUGCAUUACAAAUCUUUUUCAAAAGUAAACCUAUCUAUUUAGGUACGAGAAUCUUAAGCCUCUAUACCUGGUACAGAUGAUUGUAGCAAACCAGAACAAAUUACUCUAAAGAACUGGUGGAAAUGAAACAUGGCAGCAACACAUCACACAACCCUAGGAUUCUGAUUAAAACAAGAUGUUAACAAAGGUAUCAACAACUCUCUCUGUGCCACAGAGAUUGGAAGUGAAGAAAGAUGAUGAAGCAACUACAAUGCCAUCUUAUGAUGUGAUAUUUGUUUUUUUCUUGGUUACAAGUACAGUUUUUGGUAGUAAAGUUAUAUGUAAAUCUGUAACAGUUCAAAAAGAAAAAGACAUGGCAUCAGAUUCAAAUCUGGAAGUUACUGAGGCCUUUUUAAUCAGAGAAUUAGAGCAUUGCGAACACAAAUGACACCAAUAAAAGCCAACAGAGGGAGAUGGUUAACAGAGGAUUGGAAUGCUAAGAAUGUCUGCUUAUAUUACCUACAGAUACAUACUGUAAUGUGAAAGACAGACUAUCUGCUCUCUAUCUAUAUCAAAUGUUUAAACUGAGAAACGCUAGGUCAAGGACAUGUUUAUCUUUAGCUCCACCUCCUCUUGAUCUAUAAAUAUGAGUGAACUGAGGAGACCAGUUGCUGGAAUAUUGGCAGAGGAAUAUUGUUCUGAUAUAGGAUUCUAGCUGCUCAACAAUCCCAGUUCUUCCAUUUUUGUAUCAUGAUACACCAGAUGUUUUCCAACUGGUGAAAGGUCUGGACUGCAGGUGGGCAAGCUGGGUACCCAG